CUAGGGGUGUGGGUCCCUGGCAUCCGGGGCAGCUGUGCCACUGGGGCUGCUCAGUGGCAAUGGCCAAAUGCUGCCCACCCCACAGGGAUGCCAGCCCAGGGAGGGAAGGGGUGCAGAGUGCUGGGGGACGGAGGGGACAGCGAUUGGCACAGCACCGCAGGCUGCAGAGGGGCAGGCGGUGGGCGCAGCCUGCAGCGAGGGGUUCAGCCCACAGUGCUUGCAAAGUGCUUUGGGGGGCCUGGGAGCCCCCAGCCCAAAGGGCGCCGACCUGGUGCACACCAGCCCCUUGGAGCCCUGCGGCCCCAGCACAGCACCAGCCCUGACCCUGGGUGCAAGCAGAAGGCCAUUGGCCCUGCCCACUGCUCACAGCUGUGCAAACGCCAUGAAAACAUCCACUCGCACUGCCCCAGCUGCUUCCUGAAACAGUGCUGAGUGGGCUGGAGCCCUGCAUGCUGCUCUCCCCAUCCUCGGGGUAUAUAGCACCGCAGCACAGGGCACUGGACCUCUGGGCUAGCAUGGGACCUGCUCCUCCCUCUGUGCAUCCCUGGACUCUCCAGCACAGUGCCGUGGAUACUGCCACCCCAGACGGUGUGGAAAGGGCAGAGGGCACCGUGCCAGCAGAGCCCGCUGACUCCGAUGGAAUGGACCCCGGAGCCAUCAGCCUGCACCCCGUGGCAUCCAUCAGUGACCUGCACUGGGCCUCGGCUGGGCACAAGGGCACAGAAGGAAAUGGCCCGACUCCAUCCAGUGCCCGGCUGCACCGUGUGCCCCGCAGUCCCCCACACCUGCCCACGCUGCGCCCCGUGCCACCUCCCACCAUCUGCCCCUGCCCCAGGCAUCCCUUCUUCCUUGCUCUGCUGGGCUUCCUGGCACUGGCCAGCCUGGUCCUGGCCACGCUGGCCAUCUACCUGAGCGUGCUGCAGAGCCAGUCGGUGCAGGCGCUGGCCCAGUGGCUGGAGAGCCAGGAAGACGCCAUGCGCCAGCUGCGGGCGGCCAGCGGGCAGCUCUGGGCUCACCUCAAUGCCAGCGCCCAGCGCCGCUGAGCCGCUCCGCGGAGCAGCCCCGUAUGGAUCGCCCCAUCCCCACGUCACACGGGCAACCCUGGCCUCGCCACGGCUGCCGGAGAAAGGGAAGGGCUGCGAGGAUGGGCACCUGUCCCAGCAGGAGGCACCCUCCCAUCACUUUAUCAUUACCUCCUGCCAUUGAGGCUUAGGAAGUCGCCACCACGACCACGUUCCCAGGUGCCGGCUGCUGCUCCUCUAGCACACGGCGGUGCCAGGAUGGCCCUGGGAGGCACAGAGCACCGAGGCCGGCCCCGUGGACUGUGCCACGUUUGGGCAGCCAGGGGCCAUAGCAGACAGCUGGCAUGGCACAGAGCACGAUGGCACCCUUUGCCUCUCCUGUUAUCCUAUUUUUGGUUAAAAAAAUAAAAACGAGGGGGCAGCCCCCCGUGGGGCAGCCCCAGGCAUUAAAUA